AUGUCGGGCUCUGACAUGGAAAAGGGCGCUGGCGUCCAUUCUCCUCAACAACCGCGUGCAGCUGUUGUUUUCCCUCGUGAUAGCUUCCUCCCUACCUACGAGGAGCAUCUCAACACCGAACUGCGCAACUUCCCCGACGCAGCCCCUCAAGCCAGGCCCCAGCCGUUCGACCGCAUCGAAGAGCCAGCAACAAAGCGAAAGGCCCUUCUGCGUCGUCGGUCAUGGUGGUCUGCAAUCUCCACCGUUCUCUUCCUUGUUAUCUCAGCGGUCAUCGGUUCUGCGGUCUUCUUGUACCGUUCAACCCACCUCAAGGACAGCGGUACGAAGCACGUCUCUGAAACCAGCAUGCCGAUGCCCGCGCGUGAAGCAGCGACUGUCACCUUCUUUCCAACGACGGUCACCAUCACCGUUCCCAAAACCACCGUGUACGUCACUGCUCCGGUGCCAGCAACAAGCACUUCUACCCGGAUCGUCACUGUCCAACCUUCAUCUACAACCACUACUGAGGCGGACUUGCUCCCUACUACAGGGGAGCCAUCCCUCAUCACUUUCUCGACAGAGGCAACCUCUGUCGCAUCGUUCUCAACUUCGAGCACCUCAACUUCGAGCACCUCAGCUUCAAGCACCUCAACGUCAAGCACCUCAACUUCGAGCACUUCGACUUCAAACACAUCAGCUUCGUCGUCCUCAGAAACUACUCCACCACCUCCUCCACCUCCUCCACCUCCGUCAACAGAGUCAACGACUCUGGUCUCGGUCACAACGGCUACGGCUACACCAACCACAAGCUCAAUACCUCCACCACCAACACGAUCAGGUCGCGAACCUGGCUUCUGCGGUGUUGUUGGGGAAGCAUGCGCUUAA